AAAACAGAAAAACUAACAAACAAUGAAGGAGAAGGAAUUAGUACACGAGAAGAAACCACAACUCAAAUCCAAAUCAGAGAAUUCAUUCAUACAAUGGCCAAAACUAACAGCUUGGAGGAAAUUGUCCGAAUAUGUGAAGAAAAAAACAAGAGCGCUAAAGUGCCACUGAACAUGGCCUCCUUUUCUAAAACUAUGCUUGAUUGCCCAGUGGUAUUAUUCAUCAAUGAGGUAUUAAAGUCCAGUGAAGCCUUGAUGGAUAUCAUAAGGGAUGAAGAUUUAAAAGUAAACAAAGUAGAACUGGUUGAUGACUUCACUGGCACCAUGAUUCUAACAUGCAGUGUACUAGCGAAAGCAUUUACUGAAAAGGUUCCAGUACUUCAGGUCUUAGACACUCUUAGUUCUAGACCCAGCUUUCUUUCUCCAUAUGUUGAACCAGAAGGUUUAAAACCAGAGGAAAGAUUAACAGUUGCUGGUGAAGAAAUCAACCAGAACGAUUUGGACUCCCUUAAAUGCACUAGCUGGCUAAACGACAAGACACCGGAGAGCUUAUCUAAAGGUAAGGCAUCCUGGAUCUUACGCCAAGUGCAUGUCCCGAAUUUCCGUAACUAUGUGAUGAAGAGAUUGAUGUCUAUUGGUGUUAGGAAUACAUACCUGUGUGAUUCCUUAUACUGCAAGGAUCCAAAAGGGAGAAAAAUACAGUGGAUAAAUUGUGACGUCUGUUCACGCUUGGUGGCAUAA